CAUAUACUGGUAAACGAAAGGCUGAGGAGGAAUAUGGUGUGGUUGCGCCUAAGCGUCGCUUCUUCGCUUUCGCUAACGAGGCUUAUCCCGAUUCUAACUUCUUUAUUGAACCUGAAGUCGAAGUUGAAAAAGUGGCACAAUUUCUCCUUCAACGUAAGUUCACUCUUUUGUUUGGGCAUCGUCAAAGUGACAAGUCUACAACCUGUCAUGCGAUUCUACGAUGGUUUCGAGAUCAUCCGGAAAAGAUUAGAGAAGCUGGGUUUGAUCCACAGAAAUUGGACUUUCGACGCCACUGUUAA